AGAGCCGGUGCUUGGCUGUGUGCAGAGAGGCGGGUGCAGGGAAGCGCUGCGAAUCCCCCGCGCCGUCCCGGCCCCUCAGGCGAGUGGCAUGAACUUGGAGCCGGCCGAGUGCGGGAUGAACUCGGUGAGCUGCGGCAACGGGAAGCUCCGCCAGUGGCUGAUCGACCAGAUCGACAGCGGCAAGUACCCGGGGCUGGUGUGGGAGAACGAUGAGAAGAGCAUCUUCCGCAUCCCCUGGAAGCACGCCGGCAAGCAGGACUACAACCGCGAGGAGGAUGCUGCCCUCUUCAAGGCUUGGGCUCUUUUCAAGGGAAAGUUCAGAGAGGGCAUUGAUAAACCAGAUCCCCCUACCUGGAAGACAAGAUUAAGGUGUGCUUUGAACAAAAGCAAUGACUUUGAAGAACUAGUGGAGAGAAGCCAGCUGGACAUCUCAGAUCCCUAUAAAGUGUACAGAAUAGUGCCAGAAGGAGCUAAAAAAGGUGCAAAACAAAUGAGCAUGGAGGAACAGCCAUUAAUUAUGAAUCACCCCUUCCCAAUACCUUCUCCUUACACUUCACUACCAUCUCAGGUACAAAACUACAUGGGGCCCCAUGAGAGGAACUGGAGAGAAUUUGCCCCGGAGCAGCCCCAUCCCGACAUUCCCUACCAGUGUGCCAGCAUACCUUACGCAGCUCGCAGUCAUCAUUGGCAAGGGCCUGGUUGUGAAAAUGGUUGUCAGGUGACAGGGACUUUUUAUGCUUGUGCCCCUCCUGAGUCCCAGACUCCUGGCAUCCCGAUUGAGCCAAGUAUAAGGUCUGGCGAAGCCCUCGCGCUGUCAGAUUGUCGACUCCACAUCUGCUUGUAUUAUCGUGAAAUACUGGUAAAGGAAGUAACAACAACCAGUCCUGAAGGCUGUAGGAUAUCCCAUGGCCAAAGUUACGAGGUCAGCAGCCUGGAGCAGGUUAUCUUCCCUUACCCUGAGGAUAACGGCCAGAGGAAGAACAUAGAGAAACUACUGAACCACUUGGAGCGAGGAGUAAUUCUGUGGAUGGCUCCCGACGGCCUGUACGCUAAGAGACUUUGUCAGAGCAGGAUCUACUGGGACGGGCCCCUGGCACUCUGCAGCGACAGACCCAACAAGCUGGAGAGGGAUCAAACUUGCAAGCUCUUCGAUACUCAGCAGUUUUUAGCAGAGCUGCAAGCUUUUGCUCAUCAUGGACGUCCACUGCCAAGAUACCAGGUUGCUCUGUGCUUUGGGGAGGAAUUUCCAGAUCCACAGAGGCAGAGAAAACUAAUUACAGCCCAUGUUGAACCAAUGUUUGCCAGGCAGCUGUAUUAUUUUGCUCAACAAAACAGUGGACAUCUUCUGAGAGGCUAUGAUUUACCAGAACUUGUGACUAGUCCAGAAGAUUAUCACAGAUCUAUUCGCCAUUCCUCUAUUCAAGAAUAAAUCCUCAGAAUGAUUGUUUUUAAAGGCACUGUAAAGAUUAUGCAGAACGGAGGAGCAAAUGUGGACUGCAAUUUGGAGGUCCGAAUCGCAGCUGGAUGCGUUCAGGGAACCAAGGGUUCAAAGAUAGGAAAAUGAACUAGAACAAUAUUGUAU